AUGAACUUCAGCAAACCAACUGCAGUAUCUGCUACCGCAACUUUACCAGCCAAGCUCCUGACAAUCAUCUUCAUGAUCUUCUUAACCCUCUCCGUGCUGCUUGGGAACCUGCUGGCCUUGGUUGUGUUCUUAGGCUCCAAGCGCUUCUCCACCCCUCAGGGCUACCUGAAGGCGUCUCUGGCGGUGGCGGACCUGGCUGUCGGUGUUUUCGUCAUCCCCUUUUCCGUCUACGUGGAGCUAUUCCUUCUGCUGGAGGAAUCUUCUGCAGGACGCGAGGUGAACUCGUUACUCGGCGACUAUGUCCGGCUCUGCACGGUGAUCGGAACAGUUUAUGCUGGGUGCACGCUGGUCUCCGUCAGCACCAUCUUUCUGUUGUCGAUGGAGCGAAGCCUGGCGAUCCUGAGGCCGCUGCACAGAGAGGCGGUGAUGACCAGGAAGAGAACCUCAUGGCUGAUUGGGAUCUCCUGGGUUGUUGGUUUCUCUCUGGCCGUGUCCCCGCUGGUGUUUGGUGAGGGGAUCGUGCUGCACUACAACCCGUGCAGUCGGAUGUGUAACUUCGCCUGCGUGCCGGGGACCCUGCCUCAGAAUGAUUGGAAAAUUCUCCUACUGUUCCCAGCUUUUGAUUUCACCCUCCUGGGAGGGACGGUGGCGAUAAACAUCCUGUCUUUCAGCGCUAUUCGGCAACACUCCAAACAGAGGAAAGUGCUAGCGAACACCCACAUGUCCCGUGUCUCGUCUUCCGAUAUCAAAGCCGCGAAGACCAUCGCCACGGUGACCUUCGCUUUCACGGCUUCCUUCAGCCCCGUCGCCGUGUUUGUGGUGGGCAACGUCCUGGGACAUCAGUGGUGCGAUUUCUCGUUUUUCGCUUUUUGGAUCCUGACUUCCAGCAGCUGUUGGAAUGUGAUCAUUUACAGCGUCCGAGAGCAGAGGUUCCGGCAACGGGCGAGGCAGCUGGUGGGCAUCUCCAGAGCGGCCGCUUCAAUGAACAGAUAG